AAAUGCAAAACCAAGCAUACAAUACCAUCAUCAUCACAUAAAUACAAUGUUUUGAUGUUUUUGAAAAAAAUCAAUUUUGUUUUUCCCAAAGUUUUUAAUGGUAUUAUUAGCCUUUUGUUUUUGGCCAAGAACAAUACUUACAUUUUCAAAAGCAAUAGUCAGUAGCAAUGGUAAUUAGGCCCCUGAGAGUGAGAGAUGCUCUAGUAUACCGUGACCAUGUGCAGGCUAUAAAAUCCGGUUUGGUAUCAAGCAUUUUCACUUGUAAUCAACUCAUUCAUCUUUAUUCCAACCAUGGCCUUUUGCAAGAGGCCCACAAACUGUUCGAUGAAAUUCCCCACCCCAAUGUGUUCUCUUGGAAUGUCAUAAUUAUGGCUUACAUAAAAGCACACAACUUGCCUCACGCACAAGCUCUUUUUGACUCAGCCUCUCACAGAGAUUUGGUUUCUUAUAAUUCCAUGUUGUCGGCUUAUGUUGGCUCCGAUGGGUACGAGACUGAGGCACUUGAUUUGUUUACUAGAAUGCAAUCUGCACGUGACACAAUUGGGAUUGAUGAGUUCACUCUCACGACCAUUCUUAACCUUGCUGCCAAACUACGUGUGCUGCUUUAUGGGAAGCAGAUGCAUUCAUAUAUGGUGAAAACUGCAAAUGAUUUAAGUAAGUUUUCUUUGAGUUCUCUCAUAGACAUGUACUCUAAAUGUGGUUCGUUUCAAGAUGCAUGUACUGCAUUUAGCGGUUGUGAUGGGAUGGUGGACUUAAUUUCAAAGAAUGCAAUGGUUGCAGCUUGUUGUAGGGAAAAAAAGAUGACCAUGGCCCUAAAUAUAUUUUGGAAAAAUCCUGAAUUAAAUGAUACUGUGUCUUGGAAUACAUUAAUUGCAGGGUACGCCCAGAACGGCUAUGCGGAGAAAUCACUUACCUUGUUUGUUGUGAUGACUGAAAAUGGUAUUGGUUUCAACGAACACACUUUAGCAAGUGUUUUGAGUGCUUGCACAGGUCUAAAAUGUGUAAAGCUUGGCAAAUCUGUUCAUGCUUGGGUUUUGAAAAGUGGUUACAGUUCAAAUAAAUUUAUUAGCAGUGGCAUUAUCGACUUCUACUCUAAGUGUGGGAAUAUCAGAUAUGCCGAGUUAGUCAAUGCAGAAAUUGAGAUUAAAAGUCCAUUUUCAGUUGCUUCAUUGAUAGCAGGCUACUCAUCUCAAGGUAACAUGGAAGAAGCCCAAAGGCUUUUUGAUUCACUCUUGGAAAGAAACUCAGUUGUAUGGACAGCUCUAUGUUCUGGCUAUGUCAAAUCACAACAAUGUGAGGAAGUCUUCAAACUUUUCAAAGAGUUUUUAACUAAAGAAGCAGUAGUCCCUGAUACAGCGAUCAUUAUCAGUGUGCUUGGUGCCUGUGCCAUACAAGCUACCCUUAGUUUGGGAAAGGAAAGUCAUGCUUACAUCUUGAGAAUGAGAUUUCAUGUGGAUAAGAAAUUACUGAGUGCUUUGAUUGAUAUGUACUCAAAAUGUGGAAAUGUUACUUAUGCUGAGAAAAUCUUCCAACUGGUUACUGAUAGUGAUAGAGAUGCAAUCUUAUACAAUAUCAUGAUUGCUGGUUAUGCUCAUCAUGGUUAUGAAAAUAAAGCAAUUUAUCUUUUUCAGGAAAUGCUGAAUAAAAGUGUCAAGCCAGAUGCAGUCACUUUUAUUGCUCUUCUAUCAGCUUGUCGGCACAGUGGAUUAGUUGAACUAGGAGAGCAAUUUUUUAUUUCCAUGGAACAAGAUUACAAUGUAUUGCCGGAUAUUUACCACUAUGCAUGUAUGGUUGAUAUGUAUGGAAGGGCUAAUAAACUAGAAAAGUCAGUAGAAUUCAUGAGGAAGAUUCCCAUACCAAUAGAUGCUACAAUCUGGGGUGCAUUUCUUAAUGCUUGUCAGAUGAGCAGUGAUACAGCACUUGUCAAACGGGCAGAAGAGGAGCUAUUAAAAGUUGAAGCAGAUAACGGGUCUAGAUAUGUGCAGUUGGCCAAUGCCUAUGCUGCCACAGGGAAGUGGGAUGAGAUGGGAAGAAUAAGAAAGAAAAUGAGAGGAUACGAGGCUAAGAAGCUUGCUGGUUGCAGUUGGAUAUUUGUGGAAAAUGGUAUUCAUGUAUUUACUUCUGGUGAUACAUCUCAUUCAAAAGCAGAUGCAAUAUAUUCAACUUUAAUGCGCUUGAAUGGGAAACUGUAUUUAUCUUUCGUAGAGCUGAAUCAACUUAAUGAAAUUCAGGCUGGUAUUUAGGAUAUACUUUGAUGGUUAACUAGCCAAUGCCACUAAAAUUGGAUGCUCUGCCGCAUAAGGAUCAUAGAGCCACCAUCCAAUGCAGCAUGCUUAUAGAUAGUAUUUGCAGUAGUCAAUAGGAAUUAUAAUACUACAACAAAAACGGUUGGAAGACUAUUUUCUUCAUGAAAGUGCAUUUGAUGAUUUCGAAGAGGUGCAUUUGAUGACAUGUCCUCCUUACAUACAAAUAUUUGAUGUUGUCACAUCCUAUUCUAUCCUAUCACAGUAAAAUCAUGGCAAAUGAAGUAAAGAGCAAAACAGCUGUAAGUUGGCCUGAUGAGAUGACUUGGUAAAUUCACUGUCGGGAUUCAAACUAUUUAUGGAGAUACAUGUCGAGAGAAUUUAUUCCUUUUGAGUUGAAGUUUUGGUAGAUUACAGAUUCUGUGAAGGCAGUUAUUCAAGGUGGAAAAGGUGGUGCUCUACAAUCUACACGACCAACUGUCUCAUAUUUGGUGGCACAUGGAACAUAAUGAAGGAUUAAUGCUCCGUGAUUAUGAAACUCCGUGGUGAUUCCACCCUGGUGUGUUGGUGCUGCUAUGGGUGAUCUGAAGCGUGGGAAUGGAAACAAAGAAACAUGUCUUGAAUUCCUGUGCUCUAUUUCGGUUUUCAAGCAUGUGAGGAGCUAAGACAAAACCAGCUCUGUGAUUGCCGCUGUAGUUGAUUGUUGAGUUUUGGUUUUGCUGCUGUUUUGUGGAGACGACGUUCUUUAGGUAUGAAGUCCAGAUUCCAACAACACUAUCAAGGCAGAGGUGGAUCCUUGCAGGGGAAAGAUAAGCAGUUUGAAGAUAAAAGGACCCUUUUGCAACCAUGACACACAGCAAGAGUCCAUCCUUCUCCUUGUGCAGUUUUUCUGCGCCUUCAAGUCAAGUAUUUAGGAAGGACUUGGGAGUUUGCAUGACUCCUCGGAAAUAUUUUAGAUACAGUUGAUCUGUUAUAUUCAUGGUUUGUUAAGAAUUCAGUAAUCUGUCU